UUAUCAUAAUUGUAGGUAGUAUGGCUUAUUGCUUUAGUCUGUCCAUAUGGACGAAAAAAAUGAAUAUGAUUGAUUGUCACUGUCAUUUAUGUUGUUUAUAUUGCGAGGUGUUCGUGCAGUUUUGGUUGAAUGUGCUUUCAUUCUGUGCUUAUAUCGUAUUCUGACCAUUUCUUAUUAUUACCUCAAUAAUAACCUACUAGUACAUAACUGGAGAUAGGAAUCCAACACGGUUUACAUGAGGUCGACGGACAAUUUAAAACACUAACCUAUUGUGAUUUUAGGACAUAGUUUUAGGACUAUUAAGUACUUAUAAGUCCUAAUACUGUUGUUGACGAUUUUCUCAGUGUACCAAGAACACAUUUUUAAAAGUUUUCAUACAGUUGGAUUGUGCUCUGAACAUUUACUUAACCAAAAAAAAAAUGAGUGGCAGUAAUGAAAGUAGUUUACUAGUUGAAACGAAUCACAAUGAGGAUAGUUCACCGAGUUCACCAGAAAUAGAAAAGAAUAUUACAGAAAAAUCUAUGAAGAUUUACAAAAGAUGUUACACCAACUUUAUGGAAUGGCGGAAGAAAGAAAAUAUAUCUACAAUUUCUCAAAAAGUAUUACUGGCAUAUUUCCAGGAUAUGAGCACGAAAUAUGCACCGUCUACGUUAUGGGCUGAAUAUUCUAUGAUCAAAUCGACAUUGAAACUUUAUGAAAAGACGGAUAUAUCCUGUUAUGGCAAGCUACAGCAGUUUCUAAAGCAAAAGUCGGAAGGGUAUAAAGUUAAAAAGUCAAAAACUUUUUCACCUUCGGACAUUGACAAAUUUAUUAGAAAAGCACCUGAUGAAGUCUAUCUUAUGUUAAAGGUAGCAGUUAUUUUCGGCGUGCUGGGUGCUUGCAGAAGGCAAGAAUUGCAUAGGCUUCUGUUCAAAGAUAUCAAAAUGUUCAAUGAAGCACUACUAGUCAAUAUAAAGAAAACUAAAAACAAACUAGACCGAACUUUUACCAUCACUGGUAAAUAUUAUGACAUAGUGAAAAAAUUCAUUGGCACAAGGCCAAAGGAUUGUAGAAAUGAACAUUUUUUUCUGAAGUAUUUCAAAGGGAAAUGCUCUCAACAAAAUGUGGGGAUCAACGCUUUUGGAAAUAUGGGUAAACAAGUGGCAACGUACCUGAAGUUGUCGGACCCGGAGCUGUAUACCGGUAUGUGCUUCCGCAGGACCUCGGCCACUUUAAUUUGUGAUGCAGGAGGUGACAUUGCAGCCUUAAAAAAGCCUAGCCUGAGAAAAGAAUGGACCAGCGUUGUUACAGACUACAUCGACCAUUCCAUUCAAAACAAGCAACAGCCGUCUCGCAAACCGAAGAAGCCCAGGAUAGCAUACAGUUCUGAAAGCUCAGAUUCUGACUCCAGCACGCGAACGCAGCCAGAACCUUCGCCUUCAGGGCCGAACAGAGGCAAGCAGUGCCGUUUCUGCGGUGACUUCAAGGAAUGCUCCCCGGUCGUUCAGAAGCCCUACCUCAUGGGCAACAAGACUUCACUGGCACUCAAUCAUUUGCGAGUCGAACUGGACUUCAGCAUAGACUCUCUCCCGAAAACCAUCUGCCGUGACUGCGACGCGAAGCUACUAGAAACCUUUGAAUUCAUCAAACAAGUCAACACUGCACAAUUCUCACUGGUCGCCGUCUGUCCAAACAAUGCUACAAAUGCAAACAAUUCGGUCAACAGUCGCAACAACAAAUUCCAACACAUAGAAAUUGAUACUCAAAUAGUCAAAGCUGAAUUUGAGUCGACGGAUGAAGAUUCAGAUGAAAGUAAAGUUGAAAUUCGUCAAGAUGCAUUAACGCUCGGCGAAACAAUAUAUUUGAGAGAAACUCACAAGAGGAAACAUGGAGUCGAUGAUAAAAAGAUGAAGAAAGUGAAAAAGGGGAAACGUGUAAAAAGUCUAAGUACUGAAUUAAUAAUUGAUAUAAAACAAGAAAGGAUGGAAAAUGAGGAUAAAAAUAGUGAAGAUAGUGUUGAUUUUAGUGAUACGGGGACUGAAGUGAAACCUAGUGAGUUGGAACUUGCUGAAAGUUCUUUAGAUUAUCAAAAAGGGAAGCAGACAUUUAGUGAUACACGCGUGAAAGGCAAAAAGUCUAGUGAAGAGUGUAAUGACUAAAAUUAAUACACUAAGAUAAGUUGAGACAUUAAGAGUGAUUUAUUUUAUUUUUAAGUAAAGUUCUGUUCUGUUAAUAAAUCUGGCUUUGUUGUAAGUUAGGUGAUUUCUUAAUUUAUUUUAUAUUUCAAAGUUUACAGUAUAAAUGGUACUUAAACAAAAUCGUACCUUUUGCCAGAGAGCAUGAUUUUAUGUUAAAAAUGUUUCGUGUAAAAAAAAAAAGUUUAUGGUACAAAAUGUAUAUUGUGUGCACAUUUACUACAAUUGGGAUAUAAAAAAUACUCUUCGGAUGAGAUAGACUAAAAAAUAUCAACCAUAAUUCCCAAACUAAAAUAAAGUAGGUUAAGUAUGUAUGUAUAUCUCCUAAGAUAUAUAAUUAAAAAUUCAGAUAUUGUUAAGAUAUAAAAAAGUAUAAGACUGAA